AUGGCGGAUGGCGGCGUGGACAUAGAUCUUUAUGCUGAUGAUAUUGAAUCUGAUUUUAAUCGUCAGGACGAGUUUGGGGGUGACAAUGUAGAUUUGUAUGACGACGUUAUAGCUGCACCACCAGUGAAGACAGAAGAUGGGGAUGGGCCACAAAAUUCAACUUCGCAACACCCUCCGGAGGAGACGAACGGGAAUGCUCCGUAUCAUAAUAACUCCAUGGGCCACGGGCACCACAGCCGUCGCUUCCAACUUUACGUCGGCAACCUAACUUGGUGGGCCACAGACCAAGAUAUUGCUAACGCCGUCGCAGAUGUUGGCGUGACGGAUUUUCAAGACGUGAAAUUCUUCGAGAACAGGGCAAAUGGACAGUCCAAGGGAUUUUGCGUUAUAUCCCUGGGCUCGGACCAAGCCAUCAGGAUGGUCAUGGACCGGUUGCCCAAGAAGGAGAUCCACGGACAACAUCCUGUUGUCACGCUGCCCACCAAGCAGGCUCUUAAUCAAUUCGAGAGUCAAUCAAAGACACGGUCUACACCACCUGGACCCAAUCCUGGUAUGAGAGGACCGCCUGGACAUCCCGGAGGGCCACCUCCACAUCCUGGAGAAUUCUUUGGUGGCGGACCCAAUGGUCCCGGGCCUAAUGGACCUAGAAUGAUGAUGCCCGGUCCUGGCCCUCAUCAUCAGAUGCGUGGUCCUCCGCCGGGACCACACGGACACGGUCCUCCGCCGCAUCACAUGCCCCAACAUCAGGGGCCUCCGCCUCAUCACAUGCCCCCGCAUCAGGGACCGCCACCCCACCAGGGGCCCCCGCAACAUAGACCACCUAUGCCUUAUAAUGAUAUGCAGCGGCAAGGCGGCCGAGGAGGAGAAUGGGGUGCUCGGGGACCCCAUAUGCAGCCGGCACCGGGACCUCAGUAUGGACCUCCACAGCAUCAGAUCCCACAUCAAAUGCCCCCACCACAUGCACCACCAGGUCAAGGUCUACCACCACCUCAUCACCAAUUGCCACCGCAUCAACAGGGCCCACCACGUGGGCCGGCGCCCUUGCCACAGCAUCCUGGUGUCGGCGUUGGUGUAGGUGGACCCGCGCCCCAUGUGAAUCCAGCAUUCUUCAAUCAGCAGCCGCCUGUGCAAAAUGCUCCACCAGUACAGCCAGGACCUGGCCCUCAAUCUGGACCUCCAGGUCCUGCACCUUAUGGUCAUCCUCCACACAGCGCACCACCACCUACUCAGGGCCCUCCACCUGGUGUUAGAGCCCCCUAUGGAAGACCACCGCAGGCGUAUCCUGCGGGUGAGGCUCGGCCAGGCCACCCAGCACCGCUAGGCCACGUGCCGCCCCACGCUCCGACUCAUGUCCCCCCGCACGCUUCCCACCCGCCACACCCGGUCAUCAGCGAAGCGGAGUUUGAGGAAGUGAUGAGUAGAAACCGCACGGUCUCAUCAAGUGCCAUCGCGCGCGCUGUCAGCGAUGCGGCUGCCGGUGAAUACGCGUCUGCUAUUGAAACGCUCGUUACCGCCAUCUCGCUCAUCAAACAGAGCAAGGUUGCCCACGACGAUCGCUGCAAGAUCCUAAUAUCAUCGUUACAAGAUACCCUCCACGGGGUGGAGACCAAGUCAUACGGCGGGGAGCGACGUCGCUCUCGUUCCCGCGAGCGUGACAGUAGGGCGCACCAUCGCACACCGCGCAGACGCGAACGCUCCGCUAGCCGCUACAGGGACAGAUCGCGUGACAGAGAUGACCGCGACCGGUAUAGGGAAAGGUCGAGGGACCGUGAACGCGACCGCGACGCAUACUACAGGGACUAUCGUGAACGCGAACGCGAUAGGUCCAGGUCCAGGGAACGAGAACGUGCUGACCACUACAACAGAGGCCAUAGUCGGGAAGAAAGGCCCCGGAAGUCACCCGUAGAAGCAGUGGCUGAACCCAGCGCAGGUGACGCCAGUGCAAAGAGCAGAUCAGCCGCCGCACCCUACUACGAAGAGAGGUACCGCGAGCGACGCGACCGCGACCCACCACCCACUGACCGUGACCGUGACCGCGACCGCGAACACAGGCGCGACGCUAGGCACUAG